AUGAAAGAAUCUCAACUUCAGUAUGGCGUGUUAUCAACCUAUCAACAUCACUGGUUUCUACGCCGGCCAGCUGAUGAACCAUCAGUGCUUUAUAUUUCAAAGACCCUUCCAAUACAGUCUCAAUCACCACCGGUCCUUAAAACGUAUGCAUAUAUGGUUCAGGUUUUAUGUGCAGAUUCGUUUUCUAGAAAUCCUGUUAUAACUACUGAUAAAAGAAAUAAACAUUCAGUGUCCUAUUUCGAAUCAACUACUAAAUCAACUAAGGGAAGAAAGACAGUCAUAGCUUCUAAGAAGAAACCAUCUCCUAGUACAAACGAAAAAAUGCAGAUACCUAUUCAGGAUUUUAGCUUUGCAGAUUUCAAGUAUAAGAGUAUAUUAGGCCAAGGACGAAGUGGGAAGACACUCCUAUGUGAAUUCCGCGGAAAUACAAUUGCUUUGAAGUGUACUGACCUAUCAAAAAACCCACAUGUCUUGAAAGAAAUGCAACAAGAAGUCAAUAUUUAUAAAAUUCUCUCUGAUAUUCAAGGAAUUCAUAUUCCAAAUUUGUUGUGUUAUGGCUUUUACGGUGGGAUGUAUUAUGCUAUUGGCAUGACUCUUGUUGGUUCUGCUUUAAAUAAUUAUAAACGUAUAACUGAACGGCAAAGAGUUAUGGGUCUCCUUGCAUUAAAUGCAAUUCAUGAUAGAGGAGUACUUCACAAUGAUAUUCGCGAGGCAAAUAUUUUGCUUGAUGAUACUAAUGAUGUUGUUUACUUAAUUGACUUUGGGAUGUCAAGAAUUCAUUGUGACGUUAGAUCGUUUGAUGAAGAGAAACGUAAAUUGACCAAUUUGCUUGAUCAUUAUACUUAUUAG